UAUAAAAAAUUGGAAGAUUUUAACAGUUUGAUAAUAUGUUUUUUUUUAAAUUUUAAUCAAAUUGAUUUCAUUACUUUUAUGAAAUCUGACUACAUUAUGGAUUACAUGAAUGGCGCUAAUGAUAGAAAUUUAAAAGUUUCAAAAACAUCUACUGAUCAUAAUGAAAACAAAAAACUUUCAGCUUUAAAUUCCUUCAAUGAUCAUGUCAAUACUGAAAGUGAUAAAUUUUUAUUAAAAGAUUCCUUCCAUUUACCAAAAGAGAUUUCACAUUUUUCGAACGAGACAUCACAGUUAGACAAUAAGUUUGGAAUGUCAGAUAGCAUAUACAGUGAAAAAAAAGAUUUAAGCAGUUCAAGUAGUAUUUUAGACAAGUUUUAUAAUACAUAUGGGAACUAUUUGAACAACAAUAGUAAUAACAAAAGUGAUCAAAUUCCUCAAAAUAACAUUAAAUUAAAAAACCCUGACGAUGAGCACAAAAACACUGGAGAAUCUUUUAAAAACAUAAACAAUGAUUUCUUAAAGAGUAGCAUAAAAAUUACGUCUUUAAAUGAAAGCUCACAAUCUAAUAUACAUGAUAUGAAAUUUAAAAGCAAUGAAGAUAAAUAUCAUAGUUUUAAUGAAAAUAAACACAAAAAAUCAAAUGAAAACUUGAAUAUUCUAGAAAAACAUGAUUCUAUUAUCAAAGAGCAUUUUUCAAAUUCUGACCGGUUUAAGUACGAUGGCAACAAAACCCAUGAUUUAGAUACAAACAAACACAAAAAAUCAAAUGAAAACUUGAAUAUUCUAGAAAAACAUGACUCUAUUAUCAAAGAGCAUUUUUCAAGUUCUGACCGGUUUAAGUACAAUGGCAACAAAACCCAUGAUUUAGAUGCAAACAAACACAAAAAAUCAAAUGAACACCUAAAUGUUUUGGAACAUAAUAGAUUUUUAAAUAAAAAUGAUAUUCCAGUUGUUGAAAAACAUGAUUCUACAGUUAAAAAACAGUUUUCACAAGAUUCAGUUAACGAACAGUUUCAACACAAGAGCAACAAAAACCAUGGUUUUGAUGAAAAUAAACACAAAAAAUCAAAUGAGCACUUGAAUGUUUUAGAAAAUAAUAGAUUUUUAAAUAAAAAUGAUAUUUUGAUUGUUGAGAAACAUGAUUCUAAGAUUAAAAAGCAGUUGUCACAAGAUUCAAUCAAUGAGCAGUUUAAACACAAGAGUAACAAAGGCCAUGGUUUUGAUGAAAAUAAACACAAAAAAUCAAAUGAGCACCUGGAUGUUCUGGAAAAAGAUAGAAUUGUAAAUAAAAAUGAAGAUGUAGAAAACCAUUCUCUGAUUAAAAAACACUCCUCACCGAUUUCAACUGAUAAUCAGUUUAAACACAAUAAAAGCCAUGAUUCCAGAGAAAAAGGAAAAAGCAAUUUAAAUCAUAGUUUCAAUGAAAAUUUAAAAACUAGGUCUUAUGAAAAACUUGAUCAAAGUUAUGAAGAACAUAAACUAAAUGAUGGUUCUACUUUUAACAAUGAAGAUCCUCAAGUUGAUGCACUAUUUGAAUCAUCACAAAUCUCUGCUAGAGGUCUUAAAGCAAGAAAAGAUUUUACUAAGAAUACACCUCUUAAGAAUAAUAAUAGACGUGUAGAGAAAAAAAGUAACUCUUCAGACAAGAUCGAUGAGGAUAGUUUUAGUAAUAAAAGUAAUGAGCAAUAUAAAAAAGAAACUGGAUUAUCAAGACAAGAUAGCAAAUUAACUCAUAAGUCAAUUUUGAAAGAUGAUUCCUUCAGUAAAAAAAAUUCAACAAGUACUAAAAAAGAAACAGAAAGAGGAUUUAAUAAAGAAAAUGAACAAAACAAAAGAUAUAAAGGAGAGAAAAAAAGUGUUUUAAAUAAUGUUGAAAAUGAAAAUGAUGAUGUUUCUGUUUCACAGUACAUAAAAACUGUAAAGAAAUCUGAUGAUAUACAAAAAGAAGAGCUUAGCAAAAAUUCAAAAAUAAAAAAUGCAGUCAAUGAUUCUUUGAGCUCUUCAAAGACUUUACCAUUGAAAGCUACACUUCAACUUAAAGAUGCCACAAAAGAUCCAUUAGCUAAAUCAUCUGAAGACAAUGCUGUUAAAAAACAGCGGCCUAAAUCUGCAACUCUCACCAAAAAAUCAACUUCAUUCACCAAUAUCAGCAACUUCAAACCUCCUACUCCAACAAGUAGCGAUCAAAUAAAUUCAGUUUUGUUGAGAGAACAAAUUUAUUAUGACUGGCUGCAAAGAAAGCAAUCAUUUACAAAAGAGCUUCAACAAGAAAAAUUAAAAAAAAAUCAAAAGGAAGAAGAAGAGAAGCGUAAUAAAGAAGAAGAAAAAAAACUAUUGGCUAAGAAAUCUUUUGAGGCAUGGACAGAGACCAAGAUGGAAAAACUAAAAAAAGAUUCAAUUAAAAAGAAAGAAAGUGAAGAGAAAAAGAAAGAGUUAGAAGAAGAAAAAGCUCAAAAAAUUAAAGAUUCAAAAAAAACUUUUGAUAAUUGGAAAGAAAAUAAAGAAGAUCAAAUAAAAGUAAAUAAUUUUUUUUAAUUUUCAAUCAUUAAGUUUUAUUUAGAUAAAUAAUGAUUAUGGUGCAAUACACAAUGAUGAAAUACUAUGAUACAUGUUUAUAUGCUAUAAUGGACAAUGACAAUGAAAUUUAUUAUAUAAUAUUUUGACCUAGCUAGAUUUAUUUAUUAUAUGAUAGUGGUGUAGUGCUAGAGCGCCUGCUUCAUAAGCGAGAAGUUCUGAGUUCAAUCUCCACCACAUCCCUGGUACUACCACACUCAACUUAAUUCUUCGCGCAGCUACCUUGUUUGUCAAGGUUCAUGUUUUAGAUUUAAAGAGAUGAGAGAGGGUUGUAACCACAAUAAAAUAGUCUCCUCGGCUGUAGUGGGCCUCCUGGCCCUAAGAUGGUGAACAACAACAACAAAAAAUGUGAAUUUAUUCAUAUUGUGGCUAAGGAUUUAAGUUAUUGAUUUUGUUAAGCUUUAAUUGACACUGCUGAAAAAAAACCCUUUUGGUUUUGUAUAAAAUAUAUUGUUAAUUUAAUCUUUUUAUUUCAAAAAUACAUUUAGAAAGAGAAAUUAAAAAAGCAAAAAGAAGAAGCAAAGAAAAAGAAAGAAGAGCUCAACCAAAGUUUAGAAAAAGCAGCUGAUGUAAAAAAGGUUUUUGAAAACUGUUUAUGCAAAAACUUUAGGAAACAACAAAAAGAUGAACUAUUAAAAAAAAAGAUAAUAGAGCAAAAGGAAGAAAUGAGGAACAAAAGCAAAGCCGAACUUGAUAAAAUGGAAAAGAAACAACAAUCUCAACAAGCAUUUGAAAAUUGGAAGGAAAAGAAAUCAUCUCGUCCUUCUUCACCUGCUCUGACCCAAAGGGCUUGGUGUCCAGUAGGGCGCAAUCCAAAAGACUCAAUUCCAGCAUCUGUUCAACCUGUUAUUCUUAGGAAUGUUCCACCUUCUAUUCGUAUGCGAACACUUAGUGCAUCUUGAAUGUUCUUAUCUGAAAAUUUACCUGAUAUUAUAUUGAACCAGUGAGGUUAAUAUAUAAUAUAUAGAAAUUUUAGAUAAUACAUAGAGUAAUAACUACAAGGAUGUCCUGUAAAUCAUAUAACUAGUAUUUACUUAUUACAAGGGUAUCCUGUAAAAUGUAUAAGUAGUAGUUACUUAUAAGUGUAAAUAUGUAAUAAACUGAUGAAAAAAAGUUAUUAAUUUAAACAAGUAAAUAAUACAUAGCAAAAGUAAAUUAUAUAUAUAGCGUAAAAUAUAACUUUAUAGUAUAAGAUAAAACCUUAUAUCAAAGAUAAAACUUUAGAUUAGUUUAAAAAAAAGAGUUUUCUAAGAACUU